AUGAAAAGACAUGGGUCUGUCCAAUUAGACCCACUCCCAUCUAGUGAUCCCGCUGAUCCAUUAAACUGGCCAGAUUGGAAAAAAAAUUAUGAAAUCAUUUUAAUUGCAUUUCAAACUUUCAGUAGCACUUUCAUGGCUGCUGGACUUACGCCGGCCUACGAACCUAUGGCAGAAGAAUACGGAAUCCUGCCUCAUUCAGCCACUUACUUGACAUCCGCGCAGAUUUGCGUCUUGGGAAUUGUUCCCUUAUUUUGGGUGCCAAUAAUGAACGCAUACGGGCGGAGACCAUUUUUGACAUUCUCUGUCUUGGCUUGCUGUGCUUUAAAUAUUGGAGGUGGUUUUUGUACAACUUACGGGCAACAAAUGGCCACUAGGGUAUUGUUGGCCUUUUUCAUUUCAAUCGGCUACUCUGCUGGUAGUUCUGUUGUAGCUGAUUUAGCCUUUAGUCAUGAAAGAGGUAAAAAGAAUGGCUGGUGGUCCCUUGGACUUAUUCUAGGUACACCUGGUGGCCCGUUUUUUAUGGGAUUUGUUCAAUUUCAUGCUGGAACAAAAUGGAUAUAUUUUACAUUCGCCAUUAUGAAUUUCAUACAAUUUGUUUUAUGGAUAUUUUCAGACGAAACAGUAUAUGUGAGACAAACUGGCAUUCAUAUUACACACGCAAGUAGAAAUGGAUUGAAGAAUUGGUUAGGAUUUAACAAAAGGACUGAUAAAGAUGUAAAUUGGAGUAUUUUUAUAAGGCCAUUGAAGCAAGCAAUGAACUUUAACGUGGCUAUGGCAGUCAUAGGAGCAUCUGUAACGUUUUGCUAUGCAAAUAUACUUCUCGUUGUUGAAAUGCCACAAACUUUUGGUGUUUUAUUCAAUCUUAAUGCUCAACAAUUAAGUUUACAUUACAUUGCACUAAUAAUUGGAUCCGUUAUUGGUGAGUUACUUUCUGGCCACGUCUCUGACUGGUGGAUGAUGAUAUGCUAUAAGAAAAGAGGAGGAAAAAGAGUAAUUGUGGAUAGAUUACGGAUAUCAUAUUAUGGAUAUGUUUUUAUAGUCGUCGAGUUAAUCGUCUGGGGGAUUUAUUUGAAUAAGGUGGAAGAAAACCACUGGAAUAUUUCACCUUUGAUAGGAGCUGCUAUUAUGGCUGUAGGCAAUGAUAUUAUUGCAACUGUUUUGACAGCUUUUGCCAUUGACUCACACCCAGAGUAUGCAUCCGAUAUUGGUUUAUAUUUGAACCUAGUCCGUCAAAUAUUUGGUUUUAUUGGACCAUUUUACCUUACCUUGAUGAUCGAGACUCUUUCUUAUGCAGGGGCUGCGGGACUAAUGAUUGGGUUAGUUGUA